AUGUCAUCAAUGGACUGCACGCCGUGCAGCAGGGUUGGUGGCGAAGCUGUUUGCUUCGAACACUUUUGCGCUUUGGCGCCCCGAAAGUUGCCUCCAGCUACCCACUUCGGUGGGCCCAGGCUGUGGCAACAUAUAAAUGCCACACACACACACAGCACUUACACCAGUCGCAUUUGGUGUAUUUUCGAGAUCUAUACCGCGGUUUGUUUGGACAAACCGAUUACUUUGAUCAUGCCUGAAGUCCGGGUAGAUCAACGGGUCGAAAAGCUCGAGGAGUUGAUCCACAUUUGUCGAGUGGAUGCUGCAGAAGCCACCGCUUCUAUCACGUCCGAUGAGGAGAAGAUCAAGAAACAUAUUCUGAACACCCACGGAAGUUUCAAUCAGGUGAACGAGAUUGUACAAGAAAAAUUGUGGACCGAACUCAUCAAGAUCAAAUCAACUCCAGACACUCUGGCGUUCCGCCAUUCUUCCUCCAGGCUCGACCCUCCCGUGUCCAGAACGAAUCGCUCAUCCCAUGAAGGCUGCCACGUGCAGUGA